CAACAAUGCCCUAUAAUUAGUGGCCUCUCCAACAAUUCCUCUUCGCCAGUUUUUCCAUUUUCCUCAGCUCCUCUUAUCCCAACCUUCUCAACAAUACUGCUCUGUUUCCCAUUCAAUCAUCCACUCCGUCCCUCCUACCCACCUACCCACCUACUCCGAAACCAUGAGCGGAGACAGUGUCACCUUCACCAGCCGUGAGAUGCACCUCAUCUCUUGUGCUUGGAAGUGCUUUGACUCUGAGCCCAAGAUGGACAUGCAAAAGCUGACCGAACUCAGCGGGUAUUCCAGGAAUUCCACUCCAGUCAUGCUCGGCAACGUCAAGAAAAAGAUGAAGCAGAACGCAGCUUCUUGGCCAACCACCAGUGGCACUCCAACUGCGACCCCCAAGAAAGCGACUCCAGGUGGGCGGAAGAGACGUCAUGCUGAGGAAGAUGCAAGUGACGACACCGAAGGUUCACCAACCAAGAAGUCCAAAGCCGGUCGCAAGCCCAAAGCUUCAACUCGAGAGAGCAACAAUGAUGGGGAGAUACCGCCGCUGAAGAUCAAGAAGGAAAAGCUCAGCGAGUUUUGCAAUAGCUUCGAUGACAACCAAGGCCAGACUGGGUUCAAUCCAUACGAAAACACCUUCUACUAAGGCCAGCUGCUCACUGGUCUGAUAGUUCCGCUCCAACAUGAAG